AUGAAGAUCAGUCAGCUCUAUCUCUAUCCGAUUAAAUCCCUCCGACCAGCCUCUUUGGAUACGGCCGUCCUUACUUCCGUAGGUCUGGAAUUUGACCGUCGAUAUAUGCUUCUGAAGGUCGAAGCAGACAAAGAUGGCAUCAAGACCAUACUGAAGAACAUGCACAUUCCCCAUUAUCCAGAAAUGGGACUUUUCCAGACUGCGGUAGAAUUCCCUAAAACCAAACAUGACAGCGGGAAAGUUACUAUCACAUACAAUCCCCCAACGCCUCAAGAUGUUUCAGACGCAAAGCCACGUGAGGCCAAGUACCUAGAGAUUCCGCUGCGCCCGCAUUCGGUCAAGGAGAAAAGGAAAUUCCAGGUCAUGAUGCACAAGAGCCCAACAACUGGAUAUGAUAUGGGUGCCGAAUAUAACGAUUGGUUCAGCGAAUGCUUUGGGUUUCCGGUGAUCCUAGCGUAUCUGGGGACCAAUUCCAGAAAAGUCCUGGGUACAAUGGCUCCGGAAAACCGAAAUAAAACGCCCUGGUGGACGAUCUGGUACGAAACCCUGACGCACACUUGGAACAAAACCAUCCCAGUGUUACUUGUCUGGCUCUACAUCCUCAUCCGGGCUGUAGAUUAUCCCAUCGGCAUGAUGGCGGAUGAUCGUCUGACCCCUCAAAUGGCUUUGUCAGCUGCCGCUCUCAUUCUCACCAGCUGGGUAUGGGGCACGCAUUGUCUGCUCGUCAGACUACGGCAAACACGCAUCAGCUUUGCGGACUGUGCUCCGUUUCUAGUUAUCUCCCAGGCCUCCAUCGAUAAUGUCUCUGCCCGACUUCCGGAGGGAGAGGAAAUGGAUCAUACUAAGUUCCGGCCUAAUAUUGUCGUGUCAGGCGCUGAUUCAGCAUUUGAAGAAGAUUUUUGGACUGAACUUGUUGUGGGACCUACGAAGGCUCGUCUAUUGUUGACGGGGAACUGUGUUAGAUGUCAGAGUUUGAAUGUGGAUUAUCAGACUGGGAGUAUGGCCGAGGGUGAGACCGGCAUGGUGCUGAAGAAGUUGAUGAAAGAUCGGCGGGUGGAUCGAGGGGCAAGGUUCAGCCCUGUUUUUGGCCGGUAUUCGUUCCUGCAUUGGACAGGUCACGGGGAUACAAUUCGGAUAGGCGAUGAGGUUGGGGUGGUGGCGCGUAGUAAAGAACGGACUGUUACAGAUUGGCCCGGUCUCACCAAUUAG